CGGGGGGGAUGACGGCCCAAGAGAAGAAGGCCCACGUGGAGGCACGAGGCACGUGGUCCAACCACGUGGACUUCAUCCUCUCCCUCGUGGGCAACUGCAUCGGCAUCGGCAACGUCUGGCGCUUCCCCUACCUCUGCUACAAGAACGGGGGAGGGGCGUUCCUCAUCCCCUACCUGCUCCCUAAGUCCCCCUCUUCCCCACAGGGGCGUUCCUCAUCCCCUACCUGCUCCCUAAGUCCCCCUCUUCCCCACAGGGGCGUUCCUCAUCCCCUACCUGUGGGGUGUCACCAGCUGGCCAUCUGUAAAUGUGGGGCUUGUCACCAGCUGGCCAUCUGUAAGAUGGGGUGUCACCAGCUGGCCAUCUGUAAAUGUGGGGCUUGUCACCAGCUGGCCAUCUGUAAGAUGGGGUGUCACCAGCUGGCCAUCUGUAAAGUCAGGUGGGUCAUGCUGAUCCGCUCCUACAGUCAGGUGGGUCAUGCUGAUCCGCUCCUACAGUCAGAGCUACCGUGGGGUAACUGCGACAACUGGUGGAACCAGGCGACGUGUGUGAACCCUUACGAGCGCGACAACCUGUCGUGCUGGACGGAGAUGUACAACAUGACCUACAACCAAACCUUCUGCGAGGUCCGCAACAUGUCCAGGGUUCUGGUCACCGACCUCACCGACCCCAUCAAGGAGUUCUGGGACCGCCGCGCCCUCCAGAUCUCCCCCGGCAUCGAGGAGCCCGGGACCAUCCGCUGGGAGCUGGCGCUCACCCUCCUGCUGGCGUGGGUCAUGUGCUACUUCUGCAUCUGGAAGGGCGUCAAGUGGACCGGCAAGGUGGUGUACUUCACGGCCCUCUUCCCCUACGUGCUGCUGUUCAUCCUCUUCAUCCGGGGAGUGACGCUGCCUGGGGCUGCCACAGGGAUCAAGUACUACCUCAUCCCUGACAUGAGCAAGCUGAAGAACAUCAGCGUGUGGAUGGAGGCGUGCUCGCAGGUGGGCUGGUCCUACGCUCUGGUGCUGGGUUCUCUCAUCGCCCUUGGUUCAUACAACAGGUUCUCCAACAACUGCUACAGGGAUUCCGUUCUGCUCUGCACCAUCAACUCCUCGACGUCCUUCUUCGCUGGCUUCGUCAUCUUCAGCGUCGUGGGCUUCAUGGCGGAGCAGCAGAAGAAACCCAUAUCCGAGGUGGCGGCCUCAGGGCCAGGUCUGGCGUUCCUGGCGUACCCCUCAGCGGUGCUGCAGCUGCCCGUGUCCCCGCUGUGGUCCGCCCUCUUCUUCCUCAUGUUCGUCAUGCUGGGACUCGACUCCCAGUUCUGCACGAUCGAGGGCUUCGUGACCGCCAUCGUGGACCAGUGGCCUAAGUACCUGCGCCGCAACAAGGAGGCCUUCAUCGCCGCAGUCUGCAUCAUCUCCUACCUGAUGGGGCUGACCUGCGUCACCCAGGGCGGCAUGUACGUGUUCCAACUGCUGGACUCAUACGCGGCAGCAGGCAUGUGCGUGAUUGGACUGAUGUGCAUGGAGUGCAUCGCGAUUGGCUGGUUCUUGGGGGUUGACCGCUGGAUGGAAAUGGUCAAGGAGAUGAUUGGCUACUACCCCUUCAUCUGGUGGAAGCUCUGUUGGAAAUACAUCACCCCCUUCGUCACCUUCACGGUGUUCAUGCUGAACCUUGUCAUGUGGACGAACCCGACGUACGUGUCGUACCAGUUCCCGACGUACAUCCACGUGAUCGGGUGGCUGAUCGCCCUCACCACGCUGCUCAGCCCGCCCAUCUACGCCUUCUACCUCUACCACGUCACGCCCUCCACCGGCACCUGGAAGGAGCGGAUCGCUGCUCUCGCCCGGCCCGACAUCGACUGGGAGGCUAUCAAGAACCAUCACCGCGACCACGAACCCGUCGAGAGCCCGUAGUCUGCCUGUCGAGAGCUCGUAGUCUGCCUGUCGAGAGCUCGUAGUCUGCCUGUCGAGAGCUCGUAGUCUGCCUGUCGAGAGCUCGUAGUCUGCCCGUCAUGCAGCCCGUUACUUUCAAAGUCUUAGGGCCCCUUCUUCCGAUAGUUCAACGGUCCUGCCAGUCAUACUAUCCGUUUCUUUAAAAGUCCUACGGCCCUCUUCUCCCGAUGGUCCAAUUAUCCUGUCAGUCACACUAUCUGUUCCCUUCAAAGUCCAACCGUUCAUUUCAUCCGAUAGAAGAAUUUAAGGCAAAUAGCAAGUUUAUGCAAAACAUGGCAAUUUUAUCAGCACUUCAACCUUGUGUUGAUUUUUCUAAUAUCAGGAAACGUUUCUUUUAGAAUUUGUGGGAUGAUCAUUGACAGGCUCUAACUUCCUUCAUUUUCCUGAAGGACUCCAUGUGGACCUCAUGUUCACAACCCCUCCUCAGGGUCCCUUUCUCGUUAAACCACUUUCUACUCCCAUAGUGUGCGGACAGAAGGUUGGAAUUCCUCUUUAUGAACACUCUGCGUUAAUCACCUUUUCAGCAUCACCACCGAAAUCACCACACGGUUGAAGUUGUAUUGAUGGUAUCACGCUACUUGCCCGAGUAGAUCCAACCAGUAUAUUAUUCUCUUUGUUGAAUAUUAUUCAAAUUCGCCAUUUUUAGAUAAAGUGUUCAUUAAAAAAAUAAUUUAUAAUGAUGUCCAUAAAAAAUCUUGUUAUCUAUUUAAGUCGACACAACUACAAAAAUAGAAUGUGGGUUUCUUUUAUUGUUGAUGUUGUUUUCUAGGCACAAAAGUUUUACAAAUGCGAGCAGCUAGCAAUUUUUUAAUGAACCCCAGUUUCUGCCAAUUUACACCCUGCACCACCCAAACAAAGGGGAAUCUUCAUCUCACGGAAUUCACCUCAAGAUGAUCACUCUGGGGCUCAAUCCUCUCUCGUUUUGACUUAUCCCCCUCACGUUGGGAUUAAAACCCCUCACGUUGGGACUAAACCCUCUAGUGAACCCCGCGAGUGAGAAUGAACGUGCCCCAUGUUCCUUAAGUUAUGGGUGAACUCCCCCCGUGAAUCCUACUUGUGGGUUAACACUUCCCCCGUGAACCUUAAGGUUUAACUCUUCCCCAUGUGAACCCUACUUGAGAGUUAACACUUCCCCAGUGAACCUUGAGGUUUAACACUUCCCCUUGAACCCUACUUGAGGGUUAACACAUGAUGUUAAAUACGUGAAACACUCAUUAAUUGCUGACUAAAUAAAGAUUAUUUGUCGAACUAUUUACGAACUUCAUUUAGCAUUUAAGAUACUUGACACGAGACGUCCACCUGACGAGGUAGAAUUUAAUCUACACGAGUAGAUUGUCUUCGAGAGUGGUAGAAUUCACGGCCCAACUCGAGCGGUUAACGGUCCAGUUUUGGAGUAAAGUUGUAAAGUGUACACAUUCUAAAGUAGAUUGACUGCCUUUCUUAGUAGAUUGUCAACCAAGCGUUUUACUUUCUCCUUUUUUGAAAUAGCUUGCACAUCUUGCGUGGUAGAUCGUUCACCUUUCAUGGGAAAUUGUCUACUUCUGGAGUUAUAGAUAGUCGACUAUUCAGAGUAAAUUGUCACCUUCUCUAACAGAUUGUCCAUCUUAUGUGGUAGAUUGCCCGCUUUGCUGAGUAGAUUGCAAAUCUUACAUGGUAGAUAAUCCCCUUCUAGCUGUAAAUUGUCCACCUUUUUUAUUCGAUCUAUCUUCCGUAGAUUGGUCCCAUUCAGUAUAUUGUCUACCUGCCAUAGAUUUUCUACCAGCAUACAUAUAUUCUACCUUCUACCUAUCUACCAGCAUACAUAUUAUACCUUCCUCCUUCAAAAGCUUAUAUGGACAUAGGAUUAAAAUUUAUUUUUCUCUGCAUUGGAACAUAAGAGAAGCUACAAAUUUACAGCAAAGUUUAAGAAUACAACAUUUUUGUAUGUAUGAAUUGUUGAGUUGAAUUUUACGAGUUAAAAUGUUUACCGAAGUAUAAUUAAAAAUUCAUGAUGGAUUAUUUGGCAAUCGUUGAGGUGUUUAAGUUAAUCGUUAAAUGAAUAGCUUAAUUAGCAAUUAAGUUUGGGCUUAACAGGCGCCAUGUUUAAUAUAGGAUUGAACUUAGGGAAGUUUAAACUUAGGGAAGUUUGAACUUAGGGAAGUUUGAACUUAGGGAAGUUUGAACUUGGGGAAGUUUGAACUUAUGGAAAGUUGAACUUAGGGAAGGUUGAACUUAUGGAAGGAUGAACUUAGGGAAGGUUGAACGUAUGGAAGGUUGAAUGUAGGGAAGGUUGAAUGUAGGGAAGGUUGAAUGUAGGGAAGGUUGAACUGAGGGAAGUUUGAACUUAGGAAAGUUUGAACUUAGGAAAGUUUGAACUUGGGGGAGUUUGACUUAGGGAAGUUUGAACUUAGGGGAGUUUGAACUUUCGGAGAGUUUGAGCUUAGGGAAGUUUGAACACAGGCACGUUUGAGCUUAGUGAAGUUUGAACUUAUGGAAGGUUGAACUGAGGAAAGGUUAAACUUAGGGAAGGUUGAACUGAGGGAAAGUUGAACUUAGGAAAGGUUGAACUUAGGAAAGUUUGAACUUAGGGAAGUCUGAAAUUAGGGACGUUUGAACUUAGUUGAGGUUGAACUUAGGGAAGUUUGAACUUAAUUUUUUAGGCUGAGAAUUGUUUUUUUUUUGCAGCAACUCUGCGUUUUGAGAUACACAAACGAACAACGAA